ACAGACGCCCUCCGUUGACCUCUGCAAACCCGACAGAAGCCUGCGUGCCGACCUGCCCCCACAGCGCCGCCGCCUGCGACAAAGACGGCGGAGCGGCCAAGCUCCGUCUCGCCGUGACCUUCCACUGCCAAUUACUCCUGGUUCUCCGGGCCUCUCCCGUCGUUGGGAGGUGUGGCCGGCAUCCUUCCAAGGCGCAGUGGAGCAAUCGACGGGAACCCUUGAGGUAACUGCUCGGAUUCGUAUUCCGGAUCUUUUCCAGAGUUUGUACGGCCGCUUCCUCCUUGGAUCCGGACCCCUUCUUCUAAUCGGAGCCAGGACGGUGAGGUUGGACUCCGACAGGCUUCUCUAUAUAAGUGCAGCCAGGACGGUGUGCUUCUUCUCAGAUUAGAUAUACAACAAGCCAAGUCCCGUUGGUUUGCCGCUGAAGCAACUCUUCUCCCAUAAGACCGAGUUUUGCAAUCGCUCCAAUGGAGGCCUCCUGUAGCGUAGCCAGGAUAGUGAGCUUUGCACAUUUUGGCCUGAGAAUUUUGCCCAAGUUCCUGGCUCUUUCUCCCGAUUCACUAGGGAAAUUCAGAAAGGUCUCACCACUGAUGGAAACUGAAACUGCGGUGAGAAAUUUGCCGGAGCUGCCGCAGGAUGUAUUGAUGGAAAUAUUUUCACUCCUCGAGAUACCUGACCUCAUGCGUGCGGCCUCUGUCAGCACCUCCUGGCGCUCUGCGUAUACCAGCCUAUGCAACGAGCUUGAGCAGUACAAACGGCCUCAGACGCCUUGCCUCCUCUACACUUCUGAAUCUGCUGGUGAGAAUGUAGCUUGUCUCUACAGCCUCGCGGAGAAGAGGGUCUACAAUUUAACUCUCUCGGAUCCACCCAUCCGCAGUAGGUAUCUGAUUGGGUCCUCGCAUGGUUGGCUAGUUACCGCAGAUGACAAGUCUGAGCUCCACCUUAUCAAUCCGAUCACUAGUCAACAGAUUGCUCUCCCGCCGGUGAUCACCAUUGAUUAUGUAGAGCCAAUAUUUGACGAUGCAGGUACAAUUGUUAAGUAUGGAUUGCCCGAGCAAGUGUACUGUGCGGAGUCAGGCUUCAAACUGGUUGAUCCCAAAAUGUUAACCCAUGCUCCCGACGAGCUUCGUGACCACCUCUAUGUCAGGGCAUUUAUCUUUCCGGAUCCGUCGGCAGGGAGCUACAUUGUGGUUCUCAUCCACGGUCCAGAAGGUGAGCUUUCGUUUGCAAGGAUAGGAGAUUGUAAGUGGACCUUGCUGCCCCCUGGUUGGGACUAUAAACAAUGCAUCUACAUGCAUGAUCUAUUGUAUGCAUUCACGGGAACGGGAAGAAUUGAUGCUUUUAAUCUCAGUGGCCCUACCGUCACGAGGAACAUAAUUAUAGAUGAGAUUGACAAUUACAUUAGCCGGGACAUGUGGUAUGUUGUUCAGGCACCGUGGGGCGGUCUGCUGCAAGUCUGCAGGGAGGAUGAACUCAUAGAUGCAGGUUAUGAGGAGCUCAUAGUUAAAACUAGAAAAAUCUUGUUAUACAAAGUUGAUAUGGCAGCAAAAGCGCUUGUGGAAAUAAAUGGCUUGCAUAAUCACGUGUUGUUUCUUGGGCGUAACCAGUCGCAGUACCUUAGUGCUGAAGAAUAUCCGCAACUGAAGGAAAAUUGUGUCUAUUUCGCAGAUGAUGAGGAAUAUAGUUGGAAGUAUAAGACGAACCCUCGGGACAUAGGUGUUCUCAACUUGGAUGAUGACAGCACGGAAGAAAUUGUAUCCCCGCUUUGGUGCAGCUGGCCCAGUCCCAUAUGGAUAACACCCAGUCUUACAGUGAUGAACUUGUUAUUGUACGAAUAGGUAGUUUUUUUUAUGAAUUUCAGCAAAAUCGUUUGUGAUAUAGUAAAUUUCCAUCUGCUGAUAUUUUUAUUUGAUUAAUACUAGUUAUUUCAGUUGUAAAACGUUGCAUAGAAGUGUAGAUGUCUUAUGGGAGUUGUGACAUGGGUGUAUGAUGGUUGUA